CCAUUUCCCUUCUCAGUUCUGAAAGACAAAAUGAAUUCAACAUCAGAUUUUGAACAUCAAGAAGAAUACAGUGAUGAUGAUUUAUUUAAUAUCGAGGCGGAAACAGCCAUUUCUGAAGAUAUUCGAGCUGGUCACUGUAAGGAAGCAUUAUGUGUGAUCAUUGUGAUUUUUAAUGUGAUCAUUUUCCUUCUCGGCAUCGUUGGAAAUGGUGCAGUGAUCUGGAUUACUGGUUUUAAGAUGAGGAAGUCAGUGAACACCACCUGGUACCUGAGCCUGGCUUUGUCUGACUUCAUUUUCUGCUCUACUCUGCCUCUGAGCAUUAGCAGAAUAGUUAUGGACACCUGGAUCUUUGGCCUCUUCAUGUGCAAGUUCACCUCUUUUGUUAUGACCCUCAAUAUGUACAGCAGCAUCUUCAUCCUAGUCAUCAUUAGUGUGGAUCGCUGCAUCGCCGUCAAGUUUCCCGUCUGGGCCCAGAAUCGACGCACUGUCCAGAAAGCUUCUUUAGUGGUUGUGUUGGUUUGGUUUGUUUCUUCUUUGUUUAGCAUUCCAUCUGCCUACUUCAGAAAUAUUGCAGGUAAUCCACCAGUAGUGAUAUGUUAUUCCCAUUAUGAGCAUCACCACAGUACCAUUGUGUUCACACGCUUCACUUUUGGGUUUCUGAUUCCAUUCCUGAUCAUUUCCACCUGUUACUCUAUUCUGAUUUGUAAACUUAGAUCAAACCAAAUGUCCAAAUCCACCAAGCCCUACAAGAUCAUGACGUUACUGAUCACAGCUUUUUUCCUCUGCUGGUUGCCUUUUCAGAUAGUUUCUAUUGUAGAGUUGGCCCAAACUAAGCACAGUCCUGCCAUGUACAGAGCCCAACAAGUAUCUGUUACUCUUGCCAGUGUGAACAGCUUUCUAAACCCUUUCCUGUACGCAUUCAUGGCCAAAGAUUUCAAGAAGAAAUGCUAUUCCUUUCUGUCCAAGAUUGAGAGCGCCAUUGAUGAGGAGACCCGAAGUGCUUUCAGAGCAACAUCAAUCACCAAUUCUGUGGAUAACAGACUUUCCACUGUUGUCUGAAACAAGGAAGACAUUUCUCUUUAUUCUCUUCUUUAAAAAACAAAACAAAAUAACAAAAAUAACUGCUUUGGCUUUCUAAUACUAGCACAAAUUUGAUCUAUUUUCUAUUACAGGUAUGUGUACUUUUAACAAACUGUUUCUGACUUUUGCAUGUUUUGAGUUCAAAGUCUAUAAGUAACAUAAGUAUAGAUGUGAAAGCUACUUCCUACAACUGUACAUGAAUACAUGAAACAUGUACAUGAAAUUUGUUUGUUUAUUUUGUAAAUU